CUUCACUCUGCGACAGAGGACAGCCGCCAUCGACAACGCAGGCGUCCGCCCCGCCAACCAUGCCUCCCCCUUCGUCCUGCAUCCGCGGUCUUACGAGAUUACGCGCCGCUCAGCCCUCAAUUGCGUGUCGAAGAACCGGCGACGCAAGCAUCCAGACCGCAUCCUUUUCCACGUCUUCGGCGCACUAUGCCAUUGUAGCGAAGAAGAAGACCAUCUCCACGCCGCCGCCGAAGCGCGGCACCAAAACCCUCAAUGUCAAGAAAGGACGCAAGACUGGGCCUGUGGACACGGGAAAGCCGCCCGCGGUGGGUGAGCGCAAGGCCAUGCGGAAGCGUGUCGUGCUGAGCAAUAACAAUGCGCUCGAAGUGCCCAGCCUGGUGGAUUUGAGCGAGGAAAAUGUUUUGGAUACGAAGAAUCAGGGUCUCGUGAGGGGCAUCCCUGAGGAGGCCGUCGACGCGUUAAGGGCCGUGGAGGCGUUCAAGCCGAGGCAGGGAUGGAGUCUGUUUAGGCGACCUGCUGUUUUGUAUAGAAGGGAAACGACUGAAUUGGCGCAGUUGGCAAAAGGGGUCGAAGAGGGGAAGAAGACGGAGAGGCGGAUCGUGACGGGGAGUCGGAUGAGUGGAAAGAGCACGCUGGUGCUUCAAGGACUGCUGAUGGCGCAUCUGAGGGGCUGGGCCAUCAUUAACUUCCCGGAAGCCCAAGAUCUCGUGAACGCGCAUACCGAAUACGGACCCCUACCGGGCUCUUCGCCUACCCAAUACACCCAAGACACCUACACCGCGAACCUCCUCUCCCAGUUCCUCAAAGCCAACAAACACCUCAUCUCCCUCCCCAUGACCACCUCUCCCACGCUUCCCCAACCCCUCCCCCCGAGAGCCACCCUCAGGCACCUCCUCGAGAUCGGCAUCACCACCCCCGAAUCUUCCUGGCCCGUCUUCACCUCCCUCUGGGCUGAACUGACGCAGCCGGGCCGACCACCCAUUAUGCUCGCGCUCGACGGCCUGAGCCACAUAAUGCGCAACUCGGAGUACCUCUCCGCGGACGUCAAGCCCAUCCACGCCCACGACUUGACCCUUGUGCGGCACUUCGUCGAUCAUCUCUCCGGCAAGAAGACACUCCCCAACGGCGGCAUGGUCCUAGCGGCCACAUCCUCGUCCAACUCGCCCGCCAAUCCCGCCCUCGAAUUCAGCAUCCAGUGCGCCGAGGCGCGCAAGAUGGGCGCCAAGGAGACGCCCAUGUGGAACCCGUACAAGGUCGUCGACAUGCGCGCCAUGGAGGCUCUGAAGAAUGUGGAUACGUUGCAUCUGAGUGGGUUGACCAAGGAGGAGGCGAGGUCGAUUAUGGAGUAUUAUGCGGAAAGCGGGAUGCUGAGGGCGAAGGUGGAUGAGGGCUUCGUCGGGGAGAGGUGGAGUCUUGCCGGGAUGGGAAAUAUCGGGGAGUUAGAGCGAACGAGUGUGAGGAUGAGGGUGUAGAUGUGGACCGGAUUUAGAGGGGAUGGAGAUGAUGAGGAUGGAAUUGUAGGAUAUGCGUGGUUAUUCAAUUUUGAUAAUUGGGCAUAGAUGGUGGACGCAGGGUUGGACGUCCACAGUGUCAUGCUGCUUUUGAGUGUAUCAUACAUGUAUCCAUGCAUUGAAGAACGCAAUAGAUAGAUAAGCCAGCGCAGUGAGCGAA